CCCGUCAAACUAUGAACUGACCAAUAAACACAUUUUAUGGGUUUGGCCGACGAAGACACGCAAUCAGACAACAGGCUCCGUUACGCUAAACAUUUGCAUGUGAGAGUGAAUAAAUACCACAGCGACGAGACUCUUCAACAUUCAGCAUUUACUCAUCUGUGAAGAAGCAUCAUGCCUGAACCAGCCAAACCCGCGCCCAAGAAGGGCUCUAAGAAGGCCGUCACCAAGACCGCCGUUAAGGGAGGUAAGAAGCGCAGAAAGUCCAGGAAGGAGAGUUACGCCAUCUACGUGUACAAAGUGCUCAAGCAGGUCCACCCCGACACCGGCAUCUCUUCCAAGGCGAUGGGCAUCAUGAACUCUUUCGUCAACGACAUCUUCGAGCGCAUCGCCGGUGAGUCGUCUCGUCUCGCGCACUACAACAAGCGCUCCACCAUCACGUCGAGAGAGAUCCAGACCGCCGUGCGUCUGCUGCUGCCCGGUGAACUCGCCAAACACGCCGUGUCCGAGGGCACCAAAGCCGUCACUAAGUACACCAGCUCCAAGUAAAGCGCCGCUUUCAUCCGCCGCACACAAAGGCUCUUUUAAGAGCCACACACUUAUUCCACUAAAAGAGAUUCUCAUGUUUGGAAACAUUUACUGUGUUUGUUUAUUAUGAUUUAAAUUGACGCGACAUACGGCGUUUAAAAAGACAAUAUAUCGUUGCAUCAUAAAGAAAUCAUGUUUUAAAGUUAAUAUAAAUGUAAAGGUCUGAGUUUAGUUAUUGUUGCACGAUUAUCGCAGAAGGUGGCGGUAUUGUACCGGAUAUAAACUCAGAAAUGAAGAAAUCAGAGUUCGGUCUUCAGCUGCUUUAAGACUGAAAUACACUACAAGACUUUUGAUCAGUUUUCAGUCUGGACUUGUUACAGAAAGUCUGUGUCAGUCUGCAGAUUUGAUCAGUUUGUGUGUUUUUAUCUGAAACUUUAAUAAAGUCUGAAAGUGUUUGAUGUCUAACAUUAGAUAAGUCGAUAUCGAUUAUCAUAUCAGGGGGUCUCUCCUCAACCAGCACCAGUGUACCAGAUAGUCUUUGUAUAACUUUAACAUCCUGUCUUGAAAAUGUCUGCCCUCUCACCUUUAGGCCUGCACGUAUAACACUCUCUUGCCCCUGACAGUCUGAGACUAUGUGACCAUCAGAUCAAGUUAAGGGCUGCGGAGAGGAAGAGGUGCAAGUCUAGAGAUCCUGUUGACCUCAUUAAGUAUCAAUAUCUUCUCAACUCUUUUGUACUGACCUUGUACUGAGACUGAUGUCCUGCCUGUCAUUGAAAACUUAUGGCAGACAAGAGCUUAGUCUCUGUCAUCUGUCCUUAUUCUGCUUAACCUCUUCACUUGACACUGUGAACCACCAGAUCCUGCUGUCCUCUCUUUCUAAACUGUCCAUCUCUAGAACUGCACUCAACUGGUUUGACUCUUUUUUUUAAGUUACAGAUCCUUCAAUGUAUCCUGGAGUGGUUACAUAUCCAGAUCAGCUGACAACUCGAGUUCAUCAGGGACUGGUUAUUGCCACUCUGCCUUUAUCAAUAGACAACACCUCCCUGGGUUCAAGUAUUAAGGCACAGAUGUUCUCAUCAGUGGUGGAAAGAGUACUGAAAAUAUUGUAGUUAGGUAAAAUAUUUCUUAAGUCACAAUACUUUUACUUGAUUUCAAGUAGAAGUAAUGAAAAAUAAUGAGACUAAGUAUGAAUAGCUAAGUAGUUUGCUACAAAGUACUGUAUUUGACUAUUGUUUUUUCUAUUUUGAGCAUUAUGUAAUGGUAAACAUGCUCACGUAAUAAUUCACUGACUGAAUGACACUAACAUAAAGACAACAAGUGAGACUUAUUGAGUGAUGAGUAAAACUUGACUGAUGCAAUAUGCAGACCAUAAACACAUAUAUCUGUUCUUCAAGUCAUCUCUGGUAUAUACAUAAGAAUAAUGUGUAUUUAUGAUCAACACUGCCUGUACAGCAGUAUAGAAUUUUAUUAUUUUAUAUAUUUUCUGUCUCAGUGAUAAGAAGCAACUCAACCUCAAUAGUAACUUAUUUCAAAAGUAACAUCAUUAGUUUUAUGGAUGGCAAAUAAUUAAAGUGAUAAAGUGAUUGAUCAAGAAAUGAGGGA